CGUCAGACGCUUUUUAUUGCGUUAAGGAAUGCAUGAUUCCAUGAUAUCUGUGUGUGUGUGUACUUGGAAACAGUACACAUUAAGCAGAACUGGAUACACAGAAUAAAGGACAGCAUGAGCUACAAAGCCCUGAAGUGUGGCAUACGCUUCAAGCCACCUGCCAUUAUUCUCCUAUAUGAGGAUGUGUCAACAGGAAAAUCUCGCCAACGCAGUAUGCCAGUAAGGAACUUUUCAAAAUUUUCAGACUGUAGCCGAGCAGCAGAACAGCUGAAAAAUAAUCCUCGCCACAAGCAGUAUUUAGAAAAUGUGUUGCCAAAACAGCUGGAGAGGCUUUAUAUAUUGUUAAAGGGACAUUUAAACGGGGAAAACCUUCAGGUAAGUCUGGAGGGAAUUCGAAGAGAUGAAACUUUAGACCCAGAGGAAGAUUUGAACAAGCUGGAUGACAAGGAGUUGGCUAAAAGGAAAAGUAUAAUGGAUGACCUCUUUGAGAAGAAUCGGAAGAAAAAGGAUGACCCAGAUUUUGAGUACAAUGUAGAAGUGGAUUUUCCUCAGGAUGGGCCUAUACAGAGCUGUGGCUGGGAUGAAGAAUCGGAGAAUGAAUUCUAAUCAAUACACCGGUCAUUGCAGACCAUUUUUCAGGGAUAUGAAACAACUUGAUAUCUAAACUUUUACUUAAAAAUGUAUUUAAUUCAAGGGGCGCAUAUUUUAACAGCAUUAUGAAUAUAAUGCAUUACAAAUAUACUUUUUAAAAAGGAAAAGGUAAAUCUCUGAAUGUCAGUUUUUGCAUGAUUUCCCUUGGAUCGGAUUGUUACACAGCUCUUACAAUGUAAUCCAAUUAGCCAAUAUGUAAGCCAAUCCCUAGACUGCUAUCAAACUGAAUGGAAAAGAUGAGUGAGCAUAAAAGCUUUUAUGACAUCAGCCAUGCUCAUGCUCUGUAAUAGAAUACCAGGCAGCUGCACAACUACCACCUCAUGCUUAGGGGGCCCAUUGCACUAAGGGCCACCUGAUCAGUAUUGCUAAAAGGGUCCCAAUCAGGUCUGCGGCCCUUUAUCAGCUCGAUUACAUCAGCAGCAAGGGAGGAAGGCAGUGCAGGUAACUUCCUCCGAACUGCAUAGAGAGAGAACCAGGUGGGAGGAGGAGACAGCACAGGCAGAACCCCAGGCACUCACCCUUCUGUACACUAAAGGUAUGCUAACAGGAGGAUGGCUGACAAUAUUAAACUUAUGGCAUGUAUGUAUCUGUGUCAGUUUGUGUGCAUCUGUGUUUCAGUGUGUAUAUGUCAAUGUGCGUGUAUCUGUGUGUCAAGGUGUGUUCAUAUCUUUGUAAGCACCCACACCAAAGAACUCCCAAGCAGAAAUAUUACAUACAAACACACCCCUGUAUUAAAACACUAAAAUUAUAUACAAACACUCCUGGAUUUAAACACCAACACUACACACAAAAGCCCACCUGCAUUUAAAAGCCAAAACUUCAUACAAACACACCCCUGCAUUUAAAAGCUAACACUACACACAAGUACAUCACUGCAUUCCAAUGACAAUAGAAAAUACAAAUACACACGUACAUACACACAGAUACUCUAUACAAAAACAUGCAUUUAAAGCACAAACACUGCUCACAAAUAUUACCCUGCAAGGAUGGGCAAAUGGUAGAUCCCCAGCUGGCAUAACAUUGUGGGAGUUGUAUGGCAGAUGGGGAUCUACCUCCUGCACUGAUGCAAUGCAGUUCCCACAUGACUGCACAUUUUGCUUUCUUGCACCUUUUAGUGUGUGGUGUUUUGCAUAAGUCAAUAAAAUUGUUUUAAAAUGUUGUCCACUGUAAAAAACACACUACAUUACCUCUUUACUGGGAGUAUGCACAGUAAUACUAAGCAAUAUAAACUAUACUUCUACAAACUGUAUUUGAGUAGCCAUGUAUGGCUUCGUGAAACAAAUAUUUCAAAGGAAAUGGUUGUGCAAGUUCCGGAUUAAAGCCAGCUGACACGUCCCAGCAAAGUUACAUAUUAUUCUGUACACAGCAGUUAUAGUUAUCCAAGGAGAUUACACAGUACUAAUAUUCAAAGGCAGGACAAAGAUGACUGAUCAUGUCUCUUCAAUCAGUGUAUUAAAACAAUGACCUUAAUAUUCUUUUGAUUUUUGUGCUUGAAAUGAAAGGAAAACCUGUUGUAUUUAUUUAAAUGAUACCUUCCCCCCCCCCUAGUUUCUUGUUAUUAUUAUAAUAGCAUAUGUUAACACAGUAGAUCUAAUAUCAGAUUCCACACAUUAUGGUGUAACUGUAGCCAAUAGUUUUUAUUUAAUGUGACGAUUCGGUUACAGACUACCUUUCAGGUUAUGUUGAAUU